AUGGUUCGCAAAACAUCUUCUGGCUUCUUCCGCUCUACUCCAGACACUGAGCUGCCUUACCGUGUAGCUCGUGGCUACGAUCGCUUGAACACCACUCACUUCUCGUACUCAUCCUCGAGCUCAUCGUUUCCACGUUUUGAAGAUCAGAAACCAAUCAAGAAAGAAUUCGAUCCAUCACUAUAUACCCUCCCAUAUGUCAAUUUUAUGACCGAUAACCCGACAAUCUUCCAUGCAGUAGAUGCCUUGACGAAGAGGCUCGAGAAGCACGGCUACAAGUAUCUCAGUGAACGAAGCCUGUGGGACAUCAAACCAGGUGGAAAAUACUACACUAAGCGCAAUGACUCUUCGUUCAUCGCCUUCAACGUAGGCAAGGAGUACAAGCCAGGCAACGGUGUCGCGAUCGUCGCAGGUCAUGUCGAUGCUUUGACUGCUAAGCUGAAGCCAGUAAGCAAGGUGCCGAACAAGGCCGGCUACAUUCAGCUUGGUGUUGCUCCAUAUGCUGGUGGUAUGAAUACUACAUGGUGGGAUCGUGAUCUCGGGAUAGGUGGUCGUGUUCUGAUCAAGACAUCCUCUGGCAAGGUCGAAACGAAGCUCGUCAACUUAGGCUGGCCCAUCGCGCGAAUACCUACCCUCGCUCCUCAUUUUGGUGCUGCUGCUGUGGGUCCUUUCAAUAAAGAGACGCAAAUGGUCCCCAUAAUAGGCAUCGACAAUUCAGAUUUGUACCCAGAACAGUCGAAGAGUUUGGGUACAGAAAGUAAGAUCAAACCAGGUACAUUCGCAGCUACACAGCCACCCAAGCUGGUUGAUACCAUAUGCAAGAGCAUAGGAAUUCAAGACUACUCAGACAUUGUCAGUUGGGAGCUUGAGCUUUUUGACAUUAUGCCUGCUCAACUAGGUGGUCUAGACCACGAAUUCAUCUUCGCAGGAAGAAUAGACGACAAGCUGUGCUGCUUUGCAGCCGUCGAGGCUUUAAUAGCUUCAGAAAACAAUGAGUCGACUGGUAUUAUCAAGAUGGUUGGUUGCUUCGAUGACGAGGAGAUUGGAAGCUAUCUGCGACAAGGUGCUCGAAGCAAUUUCAUGGAUAGCACAAUAUCUCGCAUCGUAGAGGCGACCAACCACGAGACCCUCGGACCUAACCUGAAAGGCCAGGUUUUGGCAAACAGCUUUCUGGUCAGUAGCGACGUCAUUCAUGCUGUCAAUCCAAACUUCUUGAAUGCCUAUCUGGAAAAUCAUUCGCCUAGACUUAACGUCGGAAUUGCUGUCUCGGCAGAUCCUAAUGGCAACAUGACUACCGACAGUGUAUCGACAGCUCUUCUGAAACGAGUCGCUGAGAAAUGCGGCAGUAUUCUCCAGGUCUUCCAGAUUCGAAAUGACAGCAGGUCUGGUGGCACGAUCGGUCCAAUGACGAGCAGCGCGCUAGGUUGCAGAGCCAUCGACUGUGGUAUCCCGCAGCUGAGCAUGCACAGUAUUCGUGCUACCACAGGUAGUCUGGAUCCCGGUCUUGGUGUCAAGUUGUACAAAGGCUUCUUUGACUAUUACGAGGAGGUUGAUAAAGAGUUCGAAUAG